GCGGUUGGAUGCGAGCCCGGGGCGCGCAGUCCCCAGGAGCCGGGCAGGUGGUGCCAGCUUCCCCGCCGGCCGAGCGCCGGGUCCGGACGCUCCGAGCGGAGAGGAGCCAGGGAAGAGGCGGGAGGCGCGGCCGCUAGGGACCGGCCAGGGGCUUCCCCGCGGGCCCCGCACGCUCCGCGGUCUCUCCGCCUCCACACCCUGCUGCCCGGCGCGGCGAUGGGCACGGCUCCCGCCCCUGGCCCUGUCCACGCCCUGGCCGGUCCCUUCCAGCCCCACGAGCCCAUGAGCGACCCGGGCAAUGAGAGUUUGACGCUUCUCGGCGGCCGGGGACCUGGCGAGGUUUGAUUGCUUCCCGUCGGGACCUGUGUGAGAGUACUUGGAGCAGUGACUGCCAUCUGGUGGCAAGCCAGAAUCAUCACUUUGUGGUUACUAAGAUGCCCACUCCUGACUCACACUGGCAACAGGGCACCCAGAGAGCCUGGAGGGUGGCUGAGCAAGGAGCUUAGUGGAAUAGCCCUUCGCUUCCACCUGAAUGAGUUGUCCAUCCCAGAUUGUGAGCCAGGAGCCAGCCCCAAAAUGGCACCUCUGAAUACAACAUUUGAGAUGCUCUUACGUUUUAGACAAAGAUCUGCUGGUACCCUACCAGCAGGUAAUCAAGACUGAAUACACACACACCAAGAGGGGCAUGUGAUGACAUGGAGCCUGAAAUAAACUGCUCUGACUUGUGUGACAGUUUGCCUGGCCAGGAGCUGGAUCAGAGACCUAUUCAUGAUCUCUGCAAGACAACAAUUACCUCUUCCCCACACAGUAAGACCAUUUCUUCAUUGUCUCCUGCCCUCGUGGGUAUUGUUUGGACUUUUCUCAGCUGUGGACUUCUUCUGAUAGUGUUCUUUCUUGGCUUCACAAUUCGUUGCAGAAAGAACAGGAUUGUGAAGAUGUCCAGUCCGAAUCUGAACAUUGUGACCUUACUGGGCAGUUGUCUGACUUACAGCAGCGCUUACCUCUUCGGGCUGCAAGGUCGAGAUGCUUCCGUGGGAAGCUCAAUGGAAACUCUCAUUCAGGUAAGACUGUCCAUGCUGUGCAUUGGGACCUCCCUUGUGUUUGGACCCAUUCUGGGGAAGAGCUGGCGACUCUACAAGGUUUUUACCCAGAGGGUUCCGGACAAGAGAGUGAUCAUCAAAGACCUGCAGCUCCUGGGGCUGGUGGCAGCCCUGGUGAUCGCUGAUGUGAUCCUGCUCUUGACGUGGGUUUUGACUGAUCCCAUCCAAUGCCUCCAGAUUCUCGGUGUCAGUAUGACGGUGACAGGGAGAGAAGUGGCCUGCUCGCUGACCAGCACACACUUCUGCGCUUCCCGCUACUCUGAUGUCUGGAUUGUUCUUGUUUUGGGAUGCAAGGGGCUGCUGCUGCUGUACGGAGCCUACCUGGCUGGCCUGACCGACCACGUCAGCUCUCCUCCUGUGAAUCAGUCUUUAACCAUCAUGGUUGGGGUCAACCUUGUGGUGCUGGCUGCUGGGCUCCUUCUCGUGGUCACCAGAUACCUGCACUCCUGGCCCAACCUGGUCUUUGGCCUCACAUCCGGGGGAAUCUUCGUUUGCACAACCACGGUCAACUGCUUCAUCUUCAUUCCCCAGCUGAAGCAAUGGAAGGCAUUUGAAGAGGAAAACCAAACAAUCAGAUGCAUGGCCAAAUAUUUCAGCACUCCCAGCAAAAGCUGCCAUGCCCAGUAUGGUGAGGAACAGAAUUGCCAUGCCAGAGGAGAGAAAACCUCCAUGGAAAGACUCCUCACAGAAAAAAAUGCUGUGAUUGAAAGCCUGCAGGAACAAGUAAACAACGCCAAAGAGAAGCUGGUGAGGCUGAUGUCUGCGGAGUGUACUUAUGACCCACCGGAGUGUGCUGUCCUCCCUACCUUUUCCCAUAGCAAGGAGGGUCUGGCUGCAGCCCCUGCUCACGGCCUGGCCACUCAGCGGCAUCCGGAAUGCCUCUCUGACUCUCCGGAUGCUACCAGUGCGGCGGCCCAGGACUCGCAGAGCACCUCAGUGCCCUCCUCCAGUGCACAGAGCCUCGAGGGGCCUGGGAAGGAUGCUGGCUCCUCCCCGGGGCGGAAGGAGAGGCCUGACUUGAGAGACUUUUCUGAUCAUUUAAAUUUGGGCUGCAGCCAGAAGCAGCAGGCUGAGCCAAUCCAGGGUGCAGAACAGAGAGACCAGGGACCUACAGUCCCCCGUGGGGGUCUCAUACCAGGUGAAGAAGACUCUGUUCCCGAGAGACAGGGGCAGCGGGAGACCUCAGGGGAGCCCCAGAAGCAGUCAAGGGUCAAUUCCGUAAUCAGGGAGAAGCUUCAGGAAGUCCUCCAGGAUCUGGGCCUGGGCUCUGAGGCUCCCGUCCCCGCUUCCCAGUCUUGUCCCCAGCAGCCCCGGAAGAGCAGCGCUGCCCGCGGCCCCCAGAAGAUGCCCCUCUCCGGGGAGCUGGGCUUCAGCCCGCACAUGGUGAGGAGAAGGCGGGCAGCCCAGCGGGCUCGCUCACACCUUCUGCGCUCUGUGCCCUCCCAUGCGGGGCAUCGGGCAAACAGGAUGGUAUCUGGCACAAAAAGUGGGUUAAAUGUGCGGAACCGAGACAGCCUCUGCUUGGACCCUCAAACUGCUGAUUCCAGGGUACCCUCUUCCAAGAAGCUUUCAACAUUCUCAGAUCCUCAAGGCCAGCCAGGCAUCUCGGAGGACAGCAAACAGUGCCCGGCAGAGCCCCAAGGAGCUGGGAACAGCUGCGCAGUCCUUCCUCACCGGCCUUCUGGUCCUGGCCGGGCGCAGUGCCCCGCCAGCCCACGCCUGUCACCACACCUGCCCGAGCAGCGCCCGCUGCAUUCCCUGCGGUCCGCGGGCUGUCUCUCCCUCUCUUCUCCACGCAGCUACCUUGACACCGAGUCCAGCAGCUCGGACGAGUUCUUCUGCCACUGCCACCGGCCCUACUGUGAAAUCUGCUUCCAGAGUUCCUCUGAUUCCAGUGACAGUGGCUCUUCAGACUCUGACCCUGAGCACGCUGCGGGGCUGGCUUCCUGGGAAAAGCUGUGGGCCCGCUCAAAGCCUAUCGUGAACUUCAAAGAUGACUUGAAACCCACACUGGUGUGAAACGCAGCACAGCAGCCUGGAUAGAGCAGUCAGUCCAGGACAAGCUGUUCCAAGGCCUACAGGGGGAAGGCUGGUUCUGGCUCCGGGGAACACACCAGAACCCUACAUUUGACCAGCCCUUACCAUGCUUCAGCUAUGCUCACUUGAGUCCUGUCACCUUGAGCACCUCUUGGGUUUUGCCUGUCUUGUUACUACCUCACAGCAUUCCUGUAAAAGACUUCUGUUGAGUGACCACAAGAGAUACUCUUUGGAAAAAGGUGCUAAAUGAGCACAGAAGCUUGCCUGUCCCGGUCAGCCUGUAUCGACAAAACUCUUCAUAUAUACCCCAUGGCUGGCUAGGGGACAGACAGAUGGAGAGAUGGAGGAACUGUUCUGCAGAACCAGAGUGGUGGACUAUGACCCAUCAAACUGGCCUUAAGAUGAGUUUCCUACAUCCUCGGGUGUCCCGUUCUUGGCAGGGGGUGCGACUUUGUUUCCGCUGAAGGUUAUGAGCAGCACCACCCCUGGGUUCCAGCUUCUGGUCAGAUUCAUCUCUCAGCCACCUCUACAGCACUGUUUGUUCAUGAUUUCCCACCAUUAUGGCACCUCAGCAUCAUCCCUGAGAUAGUCAGGUCUCCAUGUGGCCGCAGGCUACCCAGGUCUCUCUCCUGGGCUUGGAUGGCACCUGAUGCCCAGACUGUCCACUGGUCCUGUGGGCCAUCCCUUCGACACUGCCCCUGGCGCCAUUUUGGACUGAGGGGAAGCACACAAUCUCUAUUGGUCAAGGGGUGCGCUUGGUGCCAGUGGGGUUACAUGGCCACCAAUGGAUACAUGAACCUAGAAAUAAAAAACAUGGAAGUAGAAAGGAAGAAAUGGGGGAGAAGAGGUAGGAAAGAGAACAUGUUUUAAAAUUUUACCUUGAGUCUGGCACAGAACAUGGCAGCAUCAUAGUUCAGUAAUUCCUUACGAUAACCCUGGGAAGUAGACACUCUCAUUCCCAUUUUUACAGAUGUGGCGUGUGAGGCUCCGGGAACUGAGGUGACUUUUACAACUUCACGCUGCAGGAGAGUGGUUCACGUAGGACUUGCCCCCAGCCCAGGGGACGCCAAGUGGGUAGAUUCUCCUGGGGGCACAUCUCUUGACUCAUUCUUCUGGGAAUGGCAAGCAAGCCAGACAAUAAAGCAAGGGGGCUGUAGGAAAGUGAGAUGUGCUCACCCUGGAGUCCAGGACACCAGCCCCAAGAUAACAAACUUAGGGAAGCAGCCCUCACUGCCUCAGGGGCCCACUGCACCUCCCAAGGGAGCCAGGAAGUUGGUGAAAGAUGAGUGCCAGGAACUCAUCUGCUGCCAGACCCAGGGGGAGAGCACAGAUGGGUCCACUUUGCUUGUUGCUAAUCUGGGUGUGGUUUAGAGGCCGCCCUCUGCCCCCAUCUGUGUGUGCGCACAUGUUCCUGUGCAGGAGUCUGAGCCUCAUUAGAUAUGCCUGGGGGGAGUUGGGCUCUGAAUGUCUCACAGAACUUUUACCAUGGACUCACAGGGGCUGCCAAUGCUCACGAAUCUCCAGACACUGGAUUGGAAGGCCCUCCUCAUAACACAGCUUCUUCUGUUGUCUACUUUUGCAUACAAAUCUCAUAAUUUAUUCUGUGUGUGGGUUUGUAGUGUCUUUUUGUGCAAUCCAAGUGAUACCUUAAUAAAAGAGAAGCAACUCCCAAGGCAAGUCUCUUCAGAAAUUGUGGUUUCGGGCUGAGGAGUAGAAGCACAGAGAGUGGACACACUACCACCAGAGUUACGUUGGGUUGCCCUGGGUUCCAGGGGCAUCUUUAGCCAAAUCUCAUUUGUAAUCGAAACAACUGCCCUGGUGAAUAGGGGAAACUGUGGAGACACUGGACUCUUCCCACCCACAGGGGUCCUGUGGUUGGCCUUCACCUCCCUCAGCUCCUCCCCUCCCAGCAUGUCACCACUAGCAGUCCGCUGUUCAUGACUGUGGAAUAUGCAGGCCCUAUACCUGGCCAUCCUUCUACCCAUCUCAUUCUCUCUGCUCUAUAUUCUCAGGACCACUACUCCAGUCCUUCUUCAUCUCCAUUCCUCUUCUAUCUAGAAAUUCUUUUUGCACACAUUGUGAAUUACUCAUCCUUCAAGGCUCAGGUACAGCAUGUGUUCUCUCUUGAGCCUUUCCUGACCACCCCAAAAUAAAAUUAACUGACCCCAUAGUUAAAUGAUAAUAAUAAUUUUAAAAAAUAUGUUUGGGGACCUGUGUUUCAAACUCAGUUAUAUAGAGGCUUCUAUUAUCCAUUUUGCCUGGGAUGACUUUGUAACCCUGGCUAGACUUGGUUAGAAAGAUGGAGAAUAUAGCCCCAAUUUUUCCUAUCAUUUGGUUCAAAAACUAUGUGCCAAACACCACAAUUGCCUGACCAGUCCAUUAUACUGUUUCCAGUCCAUUAUUUACUUUUGCACCACCCUCCCCCCAACUCCUCUUUCCCUAGAUUUAGCUCUUUCCCUAAAUUUUUUUACCCAAGAACAGCUAAUCCAGUGAUGAAAUUUUCUAAGGGAGGAGUAUGCAGUGGCUUUUGGCAAGCUCUUGAUUGUUAUGCUCUUGAGGAAAGGGCUGUAACUUGUACAAAGGAACCAUGGGGAAGUAAACAUUGCCUUUGCUACUGUCAUCUGUGUUGUACAUGUCUCCGCUGGCCCUAAGGUCUUGCAUGGAGCCAGUCAUGAUUGUGACCCAAGCAUAUAUUGCCCUGCUGAUUGAAAUCUUUGGGUUGGAGGUAUCCAGCCUGAA